CCAUGGAUGCUCACGCUCCCCUUGCAGCUCCAUCUGCACCUCUAGACCUGUCUCUCAUGCUGGCCCCCAUGUCUCCUAAGGCUGUUCUUCCUUCUGGCCGCUGGCGCCGCCGCGGUGGUGGGAGUGGGAGAUCAAGACUCUUUUCUUGCCUCUUCUGCGAGAGGAAAUUCCUCAAGUCGCAGGCGCUAGGGGGCCACCAGAACGCGCACCGUAAGGAGUGGGUCGUCGGCACCUGGAACGCCCACCUCUAUCUCCCUGACCACCCUCGUGCUCCGGCGCCGGCCACCGCAACGGCAUACCUUGAUGAUGACGACAACGACGGAAAGCACCAAAAGCUUGAUCUUAGCCUCAAGCUUUAAUUAGCUCUAGCACAUGUGUAUGCCAUACAGCACGUAGGGGGCUAGCUAGCUCCAUUGGCAAUUGCUAUACGGUUUGUACGCUGCUAGUUUCCUGCAAUGAGUUAAUUUGCUCUAUAUACUUUAGUAUGAGCAUGAUGAC